AUGGGGACCCCCUGAGCUAUAUACCUUCUCAGCCUACCUAUUGUAUUUGAGCUAUAUAUCCCAUACUGACCUCUUAGAUGUCUGAGCUAUAUACCACACUGACCUGGAUACCCUGAGGGUAUACCCAGACUGACCUCUGCUAUGCUAUAUACCUGGGACAGAAGGGAGACCUCUGUAUGGGGACCCCGGAGAUGGCGGUCGACGUUCUGGGUUAACAAUGAGCAAAGGUGAUGCCGGAGACCCCGGGGCCCCUGGCGAGCCUGGCUCUAUAGGAUACAAGGGUCCAGAGGGGCCCCUAGGGCCUCCAGGAGAGCCCGGCCUACCUGGAUCCAAAGGAGCGAUGGCGGAUGGCAGGAGCCAGCAGCGGCCGGCGUUCUCAGCGGUCUACACCGGCAUGAAGGAGAACAUGUUGCUCUUCGGGGACAUCAUCACCAAUCAGGAGGGGGUGUAUGACGGUUCCUCGGGGCGCUUCCUCUGUGCCGAGCCCGGCUACUAUUACUUCACCUUCCAGGUGGUCUCCAUCGGAGAUCUCUGCCUCCAUAUCUGGGCCAAACUCGGGGCCAACAACGCCAAGAAACUGCUCAGCUUCUGCGACCGGAACACGUCCAACCGCAACCAGGUCAACUCUGGAGGAACCGUCAUCAACCUGGACCGCAACGACCAGGUGUGGCUGGAGACCGACGCCAAGAGCCGCAGAAUCGCCAGUAAAGACGCCAGCAGCAGCGUGUUCAGCGGAUUCCUGCUCUUCCCCCCGCGUAGAAUG